AUGAUCUAUUUAUCUAUCUAUCUAUCGAUCGAUCUAUCUCAUUCUAUUACUCAUAUCUAUACCGGUUCGCAGCUAUCUCAAUUAAUAUCUAUCUCUCUAUCUAUCUAUCUAUUCACUAUCUAUCUAUCUAUCUAUCUAUCUAUCUAUCUAUCUAUCUAUCUAAUUCAGUUCCUAUCUAUCUAUCUAUCUAUCUAUCUAUCUAUCUAUCUAUCUAUCUAUCUAUCUAAGCCUAUUCAUAUCUAUCUAUGUAUCUAUUUAUAUCAGCCUAAUCAUAUCUAUCUAUCUUAUCUAUUCAUAUCUAUGUAUCUAUCUAUAUCAGCCAUUAUCUAUCUUAUUCAAUUUCUUUCAUUUCGGACUCUCUUCUUUCCAACUAUACUGUAUAAUCGUCGGAUCCUUAUAAUAUCAGUAAUUGGUUCUGCUUUCAAGAAAUUACCAAUUAGAACAGUAUCUACUCUAUCUAUCACUAGUGUAACUACUAUUGCUGCCACUAAAUCACCACGACAACCAUCUCAGUUAAUAGUCAUACUUUUACUUACUGUUGCGUCACUGUUUCUAUACAACACUGUGCUGCUGCUACGGCCCAGGCUUAUCUGCUGUUGCCAAAGUAACCAUAAGAAUCAAUUCCAAAAUAUUUACCAUCGAUCUCAUGUCUAUCUGGCUCGUGGCCUAUCUAUCUAUCUAUCUAUCUAUCUAUCUAUCUAUCUAUCUAUCUAUCUAUCUAUGUCCAUGUCUAAAUUUGCCUUUUCACUAUCUAUGUUCAUAUCUAAAUUUGCCUUUUCACUAUCUAUCUAUCUAUCUAUCUAUCUAUCUAUCUAUCUAUCUAUGUCCAUAUCUAAAUUUGCCUUUUCACUAUCUAUGUCCAUAUCUAAAUUUGCCUUUUCACUAUCUAUCUAUCUAUCUAUCUAUCUAUCUAUCUAUCUAUCUAUCUAUCUAUCUAUGUCUAUAUCUAAAUUUGCGUUUUCACUAUCUAUGUUCAUAUCUAAAUUUGCAUUUUCUCUAUCUAUCUAUCUAUCUAUCUAUCUAUCUAUGUCCAUAUCUAAAUUUGCCUUUUCACUAUCUAUCUGUGUCUCUUAA